UGCGAAGAAGAAUUUGUCAGGGAUCGGUAAAGUUGCGCACGUAAAAUCGAACUUAAUCUAAUGUUUCAUGUGUCGAUUAGUUCUUCAGCCACGUUGAUUAAUAAAAGGAAAUUCCUGGACUUUCGAGGCUAAUCAGCGUGCGUUUGUGUGUGCUGGUGUGUGUAUAAAUGCCUUCGUGAUUUAAUCGUGAAUCAUAUUUUGGCCGCGCGCGCAGAUAUCGCCUGACGUUGGGCGAAGAUGGCUGCAAAUGGUGGCGUACGUCUCUUUCUCGUCGGAGUUUUGUGUAUUUUUCUCGUGAAACUAUGCAACGGUGCGGCGACGGACAUCAAAUUGGACGCCAAGGCGCAGCUGUUACACCGGCUCGACAGCCUCAAUCUCCUGCUUUAUACGUUCCUAUUGAUUUUAACCGUUUUAACGAUAUGGAUGUUCAAGCACCGCCGCUUGAGGUUCCUCCAUGAAACUGGUCUGGCUGUCAUCUACGGCUUGAUCAUAGGAGCGAUAAUACGCUAUGGUUUUACAACGAGCAGCACUAUUCUGCACAUGCCGGUGGUACCUGACAAUUCUAGCAAAUACAACCAAUCUGUACCACCGGACACAUUAUGGUUACGUUUCCCAGAAGAUAAAGGUGGUGGUAUUGUGAAGAACAAAACGUUUGCAUAUUCAUUUCGUGGCGAAAUCUACAAAGAAGAUAACGAAAUUGAUUUGAAGGCGACUUUUGAUCCUGAAAUAUUUUUCAAUAUUAUAUUACCUCCCAUUAUCUUCCACGCUGGAUAUAGUUUGAAGCGUAGAUACUUUUUCAGGAAUCUGGGUGCGAUUCUUAUGUAUGCUUUGAUAGGAACCUCCAUAUCAGCUUUUGUUAUUGGGGCUCUGAUGUAUGGCUUUGUACAACUGAUACCACAUCUUUCCACGUCGUUCACGUUUCUGGAUACCCUGUACUUCGGCGCUUUAAUAUCUCCUACGGAUCCCCUGACAAUAAUAUCCAUUUUCAACGAUCUACAUGUAGAUGUUAAUCUGUACGCUUUGGUAUUCGGCGAGAGUGUGCUAAACGAUGCGGUCGCCAUUGUACUUAGCGGUUCGAUACAAAACUACGCGGAGCGAUACCAGUCGGGAUCAGGCGGUUUUGAGACCGUGGCGUUUUUCCAAGCGUUUGGAGACUUUGUUAAAAUAUUUAGUCUCUCCCUCUUUAUUGGUGCUACUAUGGGAUGCAUCACUGCAUUAUUGACGAAAUUCACCAGAGUGCGAGACUUUCCUCUCUUGGAAUCUGCAUUAUUUGUUUUAAUGUCCUAUAGUACAUUUUUAAUCGCUGAAGCUGCCGAUCUUACAGGUGUAGUUGCUGUUCUCUUUUGUGGAAUAUGCCAGGCUCAUUACACGUACAACAAUCUGAGCCCGGACUCGCGUCAGCGCACGAAACAGCUGUUUGAGCUAUUGAAUUUCUUAGCCGAGAAUUUCAUAUUUAGUUACAUCGGCGUUUCGAUGUUUACUUUCCCGAAACACCAUUUCGAUCCUGGUUUUAUCUUUGCAGGAUUUUUAUGCGCGUUAUUGGGUCGCGCAGUUAACGUUUAUCCGCUGUCCUUUAUAUUGAAUCUGGCGCGCAAGCCAAAAAUAUCGUUAAACUAUCAGCACAUGCUGUUCUUCGCAGGAUUACGUGGCGCAAUGAGCUUUGCUCUUGCCAUCAGGAACACCGUGUCAGACGCCAGGCAAGCUAUGUUGACCACAACUAGUUUGAUCGUUAUACUGACGGUUAUUUUACAAGGUGGCGCAACAACGCAGUUUUUAAGCUGGUUCAAUAUUCCAGUCGGUGUAGAUGAGGAAAUAGAAGGACUUUCUCAUAACGGAACGCGCAGUUCUGCCGGCGAGGGUGGCUACAGUGAUCUGGACAUGCACAGAGGAAGAAGUCCGCCGUAUAAUUCUAUGCAGGACGGAACGUUGCCAGGCGGCGGCAGUAGUAGCGGUGGUGUCGGCGGCACAAAACCUAACGAAAAGGCACUGCUCGCGAGAAUUUGGGGCGACUUCGAUACCAAAUACAUGAAGCCCCUAUUAACACACUCCAGGCCUACGUUAUUAGAAACGUUACCGGUCUGUUGUAGUCCUCUAGCGAGAAUCCUCACGACUACGCAACAGAUGACGCAGGAUGAAGUUGCAAGAAAAGUCGAUUCGGAUUCAGAUUUCUGCUUGGAAGAUCGCGAAAUGGAGCGACGCAGGACCAACGUUCAGCCGACAAGCGUCAGGAGCUCUGCACGUAGAUUGCAGUUGUGAACAUGAUAUUUUUGGCGUCUUUAAGAUUUAUUUUAUGACCCGAUCUUUAUAUAUUUCAUUGUUGCCGAUGAUUUGUCCACGCAUAUACGUUAAGUAUUGAAUUGUUAAACGUUUAUCUAAAUAUAAGACACACACACACACACACACACACAUUAAAUUGUUGCUAAUUUUAAAAACGUUAUUGCGAGGAAUUUUAUCGAACACUUAAUUUCUUUAAGCCUUAUUAAAAUCUCCGGCAGUGAUAUUGCAGGCUUAUACACUUAUAUUUGUAUUAAUGUAACUAUUAUUACUUAUGAGUUGUUAAUGAAGUCAAUAUUGCAAACGCAAUGAUAGUUUUUAGGCGUGAUACUUGAGGCAACGAAACCACAACUUUUGUUUGGGCGAUUGUCAUUUUUGCUUUUUGUUUUAUUAUAUAUAGCAUACUGUAAAAAAUAAUGAAUUACAUACGUAUAUACAAAGUAGGAAAUUGACGAAAUUUAAAUAUAAUGUGGCUUUCUACUGGCAAAUUAGCAAGUAUAUCUCGCAGAUUUUUAUAAAUAGUACUAAAGCUGAAAAGUUUUUUUUCUGACCUCGCGAAUUAGAUUCAAUUUGAAGUUUUCGAGUUUUGAUUCAAAGUUUUAGAUUCCAGACCUAUUUCAAUAAUACAACAAUCACAACCGGACCGCUCUGUAAAUACAAUCUCUCAAUCUAUGUACGUGAUACGUAAAAGUUGUUAUACACCGGAAUUGAAUCUAUUGUAAUCUAAUAACGUCGAAUGGCAUACAUGUGAGAGAGAAUAUGGUUUUAGAGUCGAUUCUUGAUGUGUGUUUAAUACUUUGUGGGACAGCUGGGGACCGUGAUGAUGGGAGAAGUUAGUCCGGGACCACUACCGCUGCACACACGAGUCGCCCUGCCAGGUCUGGUCGGCAGACACUUGUAAAAUCUUUUUUUAUAGCCGAUUGAUCAUUUUAUUUUACCUCACUCGUUCACAUAUGGCUUCUGUUCGUUAUCAAUUCAAAAUUGGCUGUACGAUGAUUUUAGAUUAUAUUUAUUACUUAUCACUAUUAUAUAAUAAAUCAAUAUUAUAAAUUAUUUCUAAUUAUUUCAGAAGUUUUUGUCAAGGCAACAAGACUAUGUUAAUAGUAAAGAUUAGAACCAAUUAAUAAUAUCUAAUAAUAUCUCUCAUAACGUGCUGCCGAUUUUGAUGAUGAGUCUUUCUAAGCGAUUGCUAUGAUUGCUAUGAUUGAAAGCUCACAAUAAGCGCUCUAAGAAUUACAGUCGAAGUUACUCUAAGGGUCGGUUGUUCCAACUUCUUGGUAAAUUUACCUAUCAGGUAAAUAUAUGUUUGUCUUUAUUUAUUUAAGAAAAGAAAUGAAGAUAGACACAUACUUACAUGGUAGGUAAACAAUCGGCCCUAAAAGCUUUUUGAGAAACCGGUUGUGCUUCCUGUGCAAUUUUUAAUAAAAUAAAAUGGAAAAUACGACAUUUUUAGUCAGGACAAAUUUCCAGUACGUAUGUGUUACACGUUCAUUAGUUUGAUUAAGUUUGUAAGUAGAUUAAUUUUGAUAAUUAUGCCAUUAUGUUGAUUACUUUUUCGCGAACUUUAAUUACAUAGUUCUGAAUGUGAUGAAAGUCAUGAUGUGUACAGAAUGAGUCGCGCGAUUUGUUACAUGUUAAUAUCUUAUUUAUUCUUAUGACAUAAUAAUUAUUAUUAUGUAAUUAUAUAUAAUUAUGUAUAGUUAUUCGAAAUAUCUGCUGAAUUUUUUUAUGGCUUAAUGAAAAAUGCAUCAUUUAUUUGUCAAUUAUAUGAUUAUAUAAAAAGCAAAACUAUAUCUCUGUUUUUCUUGUGUAAUAUAAUAUUUAGUGUAUAAAUAAUGUAUUCUUUUUUAUAAGCCUAAAACGCUAUUAUUAAGAUUUUGUUAAAAAUUUAAAAUACUGAGAUAUUAACUUGUUAUAGAUACGCGAUUCACAUACAAUAGCUACGAAUUGUAAAAAUUAUAGCUAAUACGUCGAUGAAAUAAUAUAUGAUAUAACGCAAGAAUCGAUUUGUAUCUAAUCGAUAUGCAUCCGAAUACAUGUAAUGAUGAAGCUGAAUUAGUUCAGAAUUAGAGACAUGCGGUAAGAUUUAUAUAAUACAUCUUGGUUCCCGGAACAGACUAUGUAGAUUGAAUUAUAUCACGCAUUACGCGAAUCUGUUGUACUUGAAGAUGUUUCGCAUUGAUUUGACGACAGAUAAAAUGUCAUGCUUCUCGUAUCUUUCGAAUCUUUCGGUCUCGUAAAACUACUUAAUUUAGAUAUUUACAGCAAUCGGCGAAUUGACUUUGCCGUUAUGUACAAAACCUAGCUACUACUUAUGCAGAGUGCAGGGCACUCCGUCUCAAUGUUCGCGAUAAUACUUUAAGACUCCAUUGCCUCGCUGCAAUUAUAUCAAAUUGUCAUUACCAAAGGCGAGAAAUCGUGUGAAUUUUUUCAUAACUGGAAAACUGUUGUUGUCUUCAGAAAGAAAUUCAUAUAUGAUUUUUCGAUUUUUAUAAUAGUUUUAAUUUUUAAUUGUUAUAAUAAAUAAAAAUUAUGUGUUACUAUACUGUAUAAUUGUAAUGAUUUUUAAAACAUAGUAGCAGCUGCAGGCGAUCGCAAAUUUUAAUCACAUAUUCUUAAAGUAAAUGUACAACGCGACAAUGUACAAGACGGGUUUAAAGGGAUUUUUUUAAUUUGUACUUUCGAGGAGGGAGUAUAUAUGUCGGCUUCCUGAUAUUGUUACGCAAAUUUUCUGGUCGUGGUAGAAUAACGUUAGAUCUACGGGUUCCCCUCCAAAAGAAUUUUAUAAGUUAUAAUUCUUGAAUAAGAAUGCGAAUACGGCGCGAAAAUGCGAAAGGACUUUUAAUUUAGUCGUUGGCUGUGAAGAUUUAAUAAAAUUGCGGAGAUAUAGAUAUUAGGAGGGUUAAUCCUCAGGAAAAGACAGGAAGACGUUUAAAUAGCAUUAUAUUUAUUAAACGUGUGCCGAUUUGCGAUUUAAUUCCUCGAAAUAAGCAUGGCGUUCGUAAAAAGGAUUUGUUGUAAGACAAGUUGUAAUGACCUGCGAGCAAAAUUGCAAUGUAGGAAUGAACGCAUUGUGCUCCUUCGUAUAGAUAUUCGUGUUCGUGAAUUCGUUGUAUAAUAUAUAAUCCUAACAUGCAAUGAAUAUAACAACGUUGUGAUACCAUGUACCACACUUUGCAAUGUUUAAUAAAGUAUUUGUAAAUAUAUAUACAAA